AGGAGGAGGAUGCAAAUAAAAGGUCAAACAUCCGUUCCAUAAGAACUGAAUUUCAGAGGCCUGCAGCCAGUUGACUUAAAAAGUCUCGUGUAGUAACUAUGAAGAAUGUUGUUUUGGUGACCGGCGCUUCCGGUUACUUAGGCGGCAGGCUUUGCCACGCGCUUCUCAGCCAAGGCUACUGCGUUAGGGCCUUCGUCCGCAAAACCAGCGACCUCUCCUCGUUGCCUCCGCCCACAGAUGGCGGCGCGAAUGAUGGAGCUCUCCACCUUGCCUACGGUGAUGUCAUGGAUUAUCCAUCGCUCCUCGAAGCUUUCUCCGGUUGCCACGUCGUCUUCCAUGCCGCUGCGCUUGUCGAGCCUUGGCUUCCUGACCCUUCGAGAUUCUCUUCAGUUAAUGUUGGAGGAUUGAAGAAUGUUUUGAAGGCGUAUAAGGAGACGAAGACAAUCGAGAAGAUCAUCUAUACGUCGUCGUUUUUUGCUCUUGGAUUUACUGAUGGGCACGUCGGGGAUGAGAUUCAAAUGCAUUCCGCUAAGUUUUUCUGUACUGAGUAUGAGAAAUCGAAGGCUAUAGCGGAUAAGAUCGCAUUGGAAGCUGCAGCUGAAGGGGUGCCUAUAGUGCCCGUUUAUCCUGGAGUUAUAUAUGGUCCAGGCAAAGUCACAACUGGAAAUAUAGUUGCACAUAUGCUGGUGGAACGCUUUAAUGGCCGGUUGCCAGGUUACGUGGGCCAAGAAAAAGGCUUUUCCUUUUGCCAUGUCGAUGAUGUGGUGCAGGGUCACAUGGCAGCAAUGACCAAAGGCCGGCUGGGUGAAAGAUAUCUUCUUACAGGAGAAAAUGCAUCCUUCAAAGAUGUUUUCGAUAUGGCAGCAAUGAUCACUCAAACAGCAAAGCCUCGAUUUCGCAUCCCACUUUUUCUUAUUGAAGCAUAUGGAUGGAUAUGUGUUCUUUUCUCCAGAAUAACAGGAAAGCUUCCGCUAAUCAGCCCACCGAUGGUUCACGUCCUCCGGCAUCAGUGGGCUUACACUUGUGAGAAGGCGAAGACGGAGCUGGAUUACAACCCUAGAAAUCUGAGAGAAGGUCUGGCGGAGAUGCUUCCCUGGUUAAAGAGUUUGGGCUUGAUUAGAUAUUAGCUAACAACAUUCUUGUGCACAUAACUGAUAUAAAGUUGUUACCUCAACCGUACCUCUACUUGUGACCGACGCGCUUAUCGUCAUGUAUCGACAUAUGAGAAACGAGAAUGUUCACUUUGCAUAUAUGAAAUAAAGGAUAUAUGGGUUAUGUUUC